AUGGAAUACCAGGUCCAAGGCUCUGUCCUCAUCGACGGCGAAUGGGUCUCCAGGACUGCCGACGUCUACCGCAUAAUGGCUCGCAGCCAACAGCAGGAGGACAUCGAGAUGCAGGAGCCCGAGUUGAAGCCGCGAAAUGAAGUCCCCGAUCUGGGCAUUCUUUCUAGGACCCUUGUGCCCAGUCCCUUCUAUAAGUUCGCCUUGUCCGCGAACAUACGGCACAAGGAGCUGAACGACGUUGUUCUAAUCGCCGAAGACGCCGUCCACCUGAAGGAGAUCUGUGACUAUGGCCACCUUCGCCAUGUCGCUACAAAGUCCGACUUCAACGGCCAGAUUCUCGCAGCGAGAGUGUUCGGAGACCCUCGUCAAGUGCGGGUGAACACCUCAGAGCAAAGUCCGAUGCUGAAACGAGGUCCGUUCCACAGAGGCAGAAGGUCCACUGCUGGAGAUGAAGACAUCACCUUGCCUCCGGAAGUAAUCGUGCUGACUCUCACCUCGAGAACUCUCAUGUUCUUAUGGGCGCAACAGACUCAUUCAGGGACGGUUGCGUUCCGCCAGAAGACAGUCCGUCUGCCAGCAGCGGGAACAUCACGCUUCGACCGCCCUGGCACCUUCCUCGCUGUUGACCCGAGGUGUCGAGCCAUAGCUGUAGCUGCCCCCGAGGGUUGCUUCAUGCUUUACAAGACUAAGACGAUGGACCUUUGGCGAGAUGAGACCCGCGGGGCCCCUGAUGAACUACCCAUUGUGGAUGAAGCGCUCAUACCUAUCCAAGGCCGCAUCAUGCACAUGGAAUUCCUCUCAUCGGGUGGGGAUCGCGAUGACUCGCACAUUGUUCUCGUGUUCGUCCUGGUACACGACGGCAAGACAAAAUUGGCUUGCUAUGAUUGGGACUACCGGUCCAGCCUAGACGAUGGCUCGGCCAGGAAAGAGCGAUACUCAGUGGGCUAUGAGGACCGCGAUCCAGCGCUGCUGAUUCCUCUUAAACGUAGCCCCGACUUCCUUCUCGUCUAUGAUCAGCGUAUUUCCCUCUACAAGCACGUUUUGUCCGGACCGCCAGUACCCACCCGCACGAAAUUCCACCCUCAUAUCAUUCCGCCACUGAGACCGGGCGACGGUAAAAGCACGCCACGCUGGGUGCAGUGGGAUAGGGCACCCCGCAAUCCCGAUUUCGCCAAGGAAGCCUUCUACCUGGCACGAGAAGACGGUCGGAUCGCUUACGCGGAGCGCGAUCCUGCAGCUGGCAUAGAGACUGUAAAGGCUGGCGACUGGCCCUAUCCGAUUGAUACCGCAUUUGCAUGUCUCAAUGUCAACAAUAGAGAAUUUGCGCAAUCUUAUCCCGACCUUCUUAUAGCGGGUGGCGCCGGGAGCGAUGGUCAUUUGUGUAAGGUCGGGGCAUGGCCAACUGAAUACUCGUUCACUUUGCAAUGGCCUGAGCAUAACACCUUCGCCUUCCUCGAAUCAAUACCGAACUGGGCGCCUCUUUCAGAUAUGUCAGUUACGCGACUCCCUGGCCUACACAUUCCCUACGAAAGAGAUAGAGCCGCGAUAUUCGUCGCAAAUGGAAAAGCUCCUCACGGAGAAAUAUCAGAGCUGCGGCGAGGCAUCAAGGCCAUUGUGGAUGACUCAUUCCCCGGAAUGGAAGGCUGCACGGGCGUGUGGAUAGUUGACUGGGGUAGUCAGACAUUUGAAGAUGGUGGCCAGGAGGCGACACGGCAAUACGCAACCUUUAUCGUCACACUUCCGCCUGAGAGCCUUCUGAUCCGUGUGUCUCGACUGCUGGGUGGAGGAGGCAGCAGUCAGAGCCACGUUUGGAGCGCAUGGGACAAUGGCGCUUGGGAGAAGAUUCAGAUACCUGACGGCCACGAGCCAGUCGAGGAUGGCAUCAUACGGGAUGAUGAAACGAUCUCGGCAUGCUCCUGGACAGAUCAUUAUGCAGUCCAGAUAACGCGCAACGAGGCCAGAGUUCUCCACCGCCCCAGACUGGAUGGAGUCGAUUUCAUGUCUUUUCCAAGUCCCCUCCUACGGGCCGUCACCAGAUCGGGCUUCCCCUUUGUCGCAGUCGCUUUUCGUGAAGGAGACAGAACGAUGCUUGAGCUCGCCCGGAUCCUGGACAACGGAACAUUUGGGAAGAAGGCAGGAGAGAGCAUCCGGCAUGAACUUCCCUGCGACCCGACAUGCUUGGAGUUACUGAACCUGGACGGUUUGCCGCAUGUCUUUGUGGGAACUAUUGACUGUAGGAUCCGUCUUUUCAAAAUUCUGGAGACCGGCUCGCUGGUCUUAGCGUACGAUACCUUGCUAGAACGAAAUCCCAGCGGAUCGCAAAUGGUAUGCGAGAGUGCAGCUCUGCUCACAUCGAGGGAUCGACGAGUGCUUGUUUGUGGGACACGAAACGGUUUCCUGCUCAGCACGGUCAUCCAUGCAACGGAUUCGCGCUAUAACACGCUGUCGACCCAUCUCAUCAGGAUGGGUACAACAGCUGCUCGGCUGACCACUAGCACUACGGACUCUUCGACCGCGUUCGUCGCAUGUGGUUCGGACUUUUGUCGAAUUCGCUGCUCAGCAAGCAAUGCAAGGCCCAUAGACGUCGAUUCAGUAUGGUUUAUAGACCGUCAGAAGCCUGCGUAUACGCAGAACUCAAUUACUGCGAUAGACCAACUACCCCUCAUUCCCGGACCUGCAUACCGUGGGAGAGAUAUUGGAGGUUUCAUAUUUGCGGCCUCGGGCGACCAAAUGGUAUUUGCGCAGCUAGACUACAACAUGAGCCACGACAUGCCGCCAUUGGAUCCUGAGGAGAGCAAAACUAUCCCACGCAAGCUAGUCACGGCAGCGACACCGACUAAGCUUAUGUACCUCGAAGGGACAUUGCGUGAGAUGGUCGUCGCCACUGUGGAGACGAAGGAGGAACGAGCGCCACCCGAUGGUUACCGCGUUAUGCACUCGUCCAUAAAGGUCCGCAGCCCGUUUGACGAUCUUUCCGGGGAGGAACCGAAAGUCAAACAAGAAGAUUUAGAAGCCUCAAAAAGCGGGCUAGUUGUGAGAGAGCUUCCGCUGAAGCAUUAUGAACGAGUACACUCCUUUGUUGAGUGGACAUAUACUGAUGAACGACAAAAGAAACACCACUUCAUCAUCGUGGGCACCGGCAUUGCGCAGGGUCUUGGAAAAGAGAAAGGACGCAGACUCUUCUUGCGGACGGGAAAGUGUGGCGUCAAAUUGCAACACGAAAAGGUGUUCGAACAUGCCGCCGUACGUUGCAUAGCCAUCUACGAUAAUACGUCGAUUGUCCAAAUCCACGGCAGCACUCUGGCGAUGUACGAAUAUGAGCCCACAACCGGAAAGUGGACGCAACGAGGCUCAAAGGAAUUGCCGUCCGCCGGUGUCCAUUUGACCGUAUCCCAUCGGUACGUCUACGUAUCAACAACUCAUGAUUCUCACAUCUGUUACGAGGUGGUCAUUCAUGACCCCCAAGGGGAACGAAUGGUGGAAUUCAUACAGAUAUUUACGGAUGUCCGUCAACGCUCCUCUGCGCACCAUCUAGUUCUGGACGUGCAGAGUCCGAGCGUGCCAUAUGCUAGUACCGAUCGGCUCGUCCUCCUCACCGACAAGAAAUGUUCAGUGACAGGUCUCCUCCACUCACCAGAUCGCACCAAUAAAUCCACCACCGAGACGCUCUUCGAGGCCUGCCUGCCGCGGUCCGUGAUUCGUAUUCAUCGCGGCGACAUACGGCCGCCCUGGCGGCGCCCCUGCAAAUCACAUACCGAACCUUUCCAAGGCAUCCCCGGCGUAUUAGUCGACGACCUCCUUGGUGCCUGCUCCGACGGCACCAUCUACAGCUUUAGCAUCCUGACCUCCGAUGCUCGAUGCCUCCUUCGCCUCAUACAAAAUAUCAUCGAGGCGAAACAGAAGCGCGAUCCCAGGCUCCAAUACAGCAUUGUCAAGCAGCGCAGCAGCGAUAUCUUCAACCUCCUGCUAAAUGGCGCGGAGGGCUCCCAAGAUGGCAAAAUCAAAGCGAGGGAUGUUGAUCCAGAGGAGAUGAAGAGGGGCGAGGCUGCGCUGAGGUUCAAGCAUAUUGAUGGCGAUCUGCUGACACGAUUCCUUGAAGAGGACGGCAAUGUAGAGGAAUUAGUGUGUGACGACACGGAGGGCGUUAAGAAGCUGGCCCUCUCCUUGGCGGCACGGGUCUCAGGGACUCUUUUCCGCCCAGAGGUAGCUGAGAUCUCCGGCGAAGAACUUGAAGGGGAUUGGGAUGGUGUGUGGACUUGGGUAAAGACGUGGCUGGGUGAGGUGCUUAUGCCGCUGCUCUGA